CAGUGCACUCUCUUCAGCAGCACAGCACUCAGUGCUGAGUGAGGAGGGUGCAGGGAGCAUCUUGUGUGGCUGUCUAUGGGAUCUUUCAUGCCUUGAAUGAGCUCCAGCCAAAGAACUGUAAUCUCAACUUCAUCUCCUUCUCAGCAGCAGUCACAUCCAGUCCAGUGGUCCAGCAGAAUUACAUCAGCAAGGGUCUGUGUCCGCAAGAGCCCUCCAGGAAUUUCACUAUGAGACUGGAAGAAGUCGGAAGGCUUCAACAUUCAUUUGAACAAAUCAAUGAUGGGGCCUGCUUGCUGGCAAGCCAUCAGGAUGACAUGGAUGUAGAUAAUAAUAGCAUGAAAUAUAUGGGCUGUCAACAGCCACUGGAAUCCAAAGUAAAAAUAAUCCAAAGGGCAUGGAGGGAUUACUUACAACGCCAGGAUUCUUUGAACACGCAAUGUAUGGAAAAACGCAGUCCAUCCCCAUCCUCUUUGUCUUCAGAUAAAAUGAGCAGUUCUAUCAGUAUGAACACCUUUUCGGAUGGCAGCACUCCAGAUUACAGAGAGGAUGGCAUGGAUUUAGGAAGUGAUGCUUGUAGCCGCUCGAGUUCGGAAUCAAGCUCCAACAAAGUAACCCCUUGCUCGGACUGUAAAUCAUCCCCCAGCCUGGAUCUGGCUGCCUUGGAGGAUUAUGAGGAGGAGGACUUUAUGGUGGACAAGGUGAGCGAUGAGUGGGAGGAUGAAGAUGAGGAAGAAGAGGUUGGUGCUGAUGAUGGCUUUCCUAAGGACAAUUGUUUUGCAAUGUCUGUGAAUGGCAGAAGUUUAGCGGAGGAGUUUGAGGACGUUAAAGGAGGGAAUUUGUCUACCACAAAUGGUAACCCUUCCCAUCGGCACAAAUUGAACGGGAACUUAGUCACUGGGAAACCCCCAAGUAAAGGAAAGCACAACCCUCCAAAGCCGCAGAAUAGUUCUGUCAGGGGACCUCCGGUGAACUCAUUUGGUGGUUCCACUGCCAUCAUGAGGGAGGAACCCCAGCUCCCUACUAUGGACUGGGAAGCCUUGGAGAAGCACCUCGCAGGACUACAGUUCCAGGAGCAGGAGUCCCGGAACCAGAGACAGGCCAGAUCAAACUACACAUCUGCUCAGAAGAAUGAAAGAGAAUCUAUCAGGCAAAAACUGGCACUUGGGAGUUUUUUCGAUGAUGGCCCUGGCAUCUACACCAGUUGUAGCAAAAGCGGGAAGCCAAGUCUGUCUUCCAGGCUCCAAAGUGGGAUGAACUUGCAGAUCUGUUUUGUAAAUGAUAGUGGGAGUGAUAAGGACAGUGAUGCUGAUGACAGCAAAACUGAAACAAGCCUGGACACUCCAUUAUCUCCAAUGAGCAAGCAGAGUUCUUCAUACUCAGACCGGGACACUACUGAGGAGGAGUCAGAAUCUUUUGAAGACAUGGAUUUUAUCUCCAGGCAGAAGAAACUGCAAGCAGAAGCAAAGAUGGCUCUGGCUAUGGUAAAACCAAUGGCCAAGAUGCAAGUGGAGGUAGAGAAACAAAACAGGAAAAAGUCUCCUGUUGCUGAUCUAUUGCCGCAUAUGCCUCACAUUAGCGAAUGCUUAAUGAAGAGGAGCCUAAAGCCUACUGAUCUAAGAGACAUGACGAUUGGGCAGCUACAAGUGAUUGUGAACGACCUUCACUCUCAAAUCGAAAGCUUGAAUGAAGAACUGGUCCAACUUCUCCUUAUUCGGGAUGAAUUGCACAUGGAACAAGAUGCAAUGCUUGUAGAUAUUGAAGACUUGACUAGACAUGCUGAAAGUCAGCAGAAGCACAUGGCAGAAAGGAUGCCUGCAAAAUAAAG